AAAAAAAAAAAAAAAAAAAAGGGUGCAGAUUAGGACAGAGCAGCAGCAAAAGCUUGACACCUCCUUAAUGAAAUUUUGUUUCUCUUGUUAUCUUUAUUCUCUUUAAACUAAAUACCUUUCCCUUUUUUUUCAUUUAAGCUCCUGUAGAAUUGUUUUUGGCUGUAUACAUGAAUAUAAAUUUUAUAACUCGGUGAGCCAGCCUUUUACUUUUUAUUGUCUCGUCUGUGUAUCCGUCAUUGUAAGCAGCUGAAAUAUGGAAAUAUGAACAGAAGAUAUGAUGACUAUAUUCGCUUAUUGGAAGAAAAGGAUAUGAAUAACAAAGAAGCAUACACUUCUGUUAUUAAUAUCACUCAAAGGAUGCAAUAUCAAAUCCAACUAUUACGAUAUUAUAGUGACGGCAGCAGCAGCAAUAACAUUCAGCCACCAUCGAGUAAUAAGAAUUAUAUUACCCAGUUACCAACAUCAUCAACGGAAGCAACCAUUAUUGAGCUCUAUGACGAUAAGGGCAAGCAAGAGCUAUUUGAAGUAGAGAACAACGAAGAUGAGGCGUUUGUACAGGAGAAUAAGACGGAUGGAAUUCGAAUGAAGAAAGCUCUUCCUUCCGAACCGCGUAUCUCCUCUCUAGCUCCAUCAUCUACUAUUAACCCUCCGUCAACAAAGCGUCUUACACGCUCAAAAAAGCCGCUACCUUCCAUGCCUCUCACUGGAUCUGCUGUUGAUCAUUCAACACGACAGUAUCAAGGAGAUUUUUACGCCUGCUCGACUACUGUGUCACUUGCUACCACAUCAUCAGCUAUCCCUGCAACAACAACCAACGCCACCGCCUCCAUUGCGCCAACAAAUUUUAUUCAUCCUCCUAGAAGUAUCGCACCCUCUUCGAGCACUUAUACCAUCAAUCAACAUUCGGCGGUUAUGAUGAUCCAUACUCAAAAGAAGAGAAAGAAGCAGUAUCUAGGACUCUUCUUUACGGAAUCAUACCAGAUUGACAAUUACAUCAUCACACGCAAAAAGUUGGGGCCUCAUUUAUAUCGCGCUUAUCACCAUUUAACAGGGCAACCAAAGGUAGUUCUCAAAUUGAUACUGAUAGUCAUUGACCCAUACACGUUUCACAUUGCUUACAAUACUCAACAAAGUCGACGUCAGCAACAAAACCCCAAUAUACCAAUAGACGAAGAAAUACCUCUGCUCGUUCCUGAUGAGCAAAUCAAAGCUACUAUCCUUGAAUGGAUAUCUUAUAACCGCAAUAGCUUCAUUGAAAAUUAUUCUGAGUCUGCAACGGACACUAUCAUUUUCCGUGAAAAUAACAAAAUUUAUGUAAUUUAUUAGAUUUGUAUCCUCAGAAAGACACCUUUGUGUUAUAUAUUAAUCUUUCUAUUUCUUUAAUUCUUAAUACCGAAAGCUUACGUUAAAACCCACAACGGAGAGUUUUACAGUGUUUUGCGUUUAAAGAAUAGAAUGUCUGUAAAUAGGAAUAGAUUUUUUUUUUCUUAUUAUUUUUCAAAAUCGAUAAAAAUUUUUUUAAGCUUAAUCAGUAAAGCUUUUUGACCCUUUAAUACACUUCACAAUUUCAAUAUAUAUUUUUCAUAUUGAAAUUUCGCACUACCCUGUGAGUUAUCAAAAAUUAACCAGGCUCAAGACUUGAACUAGUCUGUAGGCAAUCUUGAUAGCGUCCUUUUCGAAAGGAUUGCAAUUAUACUGACACUUGUUGCACUUUUACACACCAUUGCGUAACUGAUAAGUCAAUGUCUUUCAUUUGCUCCAUACUGGCUGUGUUUAGCAAAAAAGCAGUUGAAAACUUUCUUUAAUUUAGG